AUGAAGAUCGCGGUGGAGGGGUGUAUGCACGGGGAGCUGGACAUAGUCUACGACACGCUGCGAAAGCUCGAGGAUGCCGAGGGCGUAAAGAUUGACCUCCUCCUCUGCUGCGGCGAUUUCCAGGCUGUUAGGAAUGAGAACGAUUUACAGUGUGUUAACGUCCCACAAAAGUACCGUACCAUGAACUCAUUUUGGAAGUACUACUCUGGAGAAGCAGUUGCUCCGUACCCAACCAUCUUUAUCGGUGGAAACCACGAAGCAUCCAAUUAUCUGUGGGAAUUGUACUAUGGAGGAUGGGCAGCACCUAACAUAUACUUUUUGGGGUUUGCUGGUGUUGUUAAGUUUGGAAACAUACGAAUUGGUGGAUUGUCAGGAAUAUAUAACAAAUACCGUUAUCAUUUAGGACACUACGAGAGGCCUCCAUACAAUGAAGAUACUAUACGGUCUGUGUACCAUGUAAGGCAUUAUGAUGUUCUCAAGCUCAUGCAUUUGGAGGAGCCGCUAGAUGUAUUCUUGUCACAUGAUUGGCCUCUGGGCAUCACUGAGUAUGGAAACUGGCAGAAGCUCAUUAGUGUGAAGAAGCACUUUGAAGAAGAGGUUAACAAUAGAACACUGGGCAGCAAACCUGCAGCUGAAUUACUGAACAAACUAAAACCACCAUACUGGUUUUCGGGGCACCUUCACUGUAAGUUCCCUGCGAUCAUCCAGCAUGGAAAGAAUGGACCUACGACGAAGUUUCUUGCGCUUGAUAAGUGCAUUCCUGGGCGCAAUUUUUUGCAGGUUAUAGACAUUCCAUCCAAUCCAGGACCAUAUGAAAUCCAGUAUGAUGAAGAAUGGCUUGCAAUAACACGAAAAUUCAACAGUAUUUUCCCCUUAGCACAGACACGAUUUACUAUGCGGGAUGAGCAGCUUGACACUGAAGAAGACCGGCAAUGGGUCAGGAACAAGUUGAAUACUAGAGGAGCUAAGCCUUUUGAUUUUGUCCAGACUGCACCAUCUUUCAAUCCUUCCAGUACAAUAUCUAAACACCCUAUAACUGUUUGCUGCAGGAACCCACAAACUGAGUCUUUUCUUCAGCUUCUGGAACUCCCAUAUCUGCUGGACUCGUCUAACUCUGAGGGUCAUUAUCUAAAAAAAUCUAACUCGGAGGGGUUUGGUAGAAACGAGUCAAGCUCUCAGCCAGGAAACACACUUGAUGAUGAAGAUAUAGAGCUACCAGAUGAAGAUGAACACGCUUUAGAAGAUGAUGAGUGA